CAUCGUAUCGAGUUUUGAUCGCGGCGCGGAUUCAAAACUUUUAAUAGUUUAAUUCCGGGUAUUUGUGCUUGUUUUAAGUGUUGAAUGUGAUUGUGAUUGCUCGCUGAAUAUCUUUUGGAAAGUUUAGUGUCGAAUUGCGUCCAGUAAACACCAGUUUUCUUCUGUGAGAUUCUUCCUGUAGCCCAUAAUUACCGGCGAAAAAAAGUGUGACCACGCAAUCGCACACCUGUUGAGUUCGAGCAGGGACCGGUCAUCAACGCUGAAGAAAGUGAGCUGUUUUCAUCUUUUGAAAAAGCGAGCACUACACCAUUCAAACAAACAGGAAAACCAGAUAGAUUCGUGAUAGAAAAGAUUUGCCUCCCCAGUAGCAGCUUGAACUUGGCACGAUCAGGACUCACCUUAAAGAAAUUGGAUUGAAUUUUGGCGACACCACGUGGAUUUGCAUCAAAUGGAAGUGAAUGGAAUCCAGUUCGAUUCUGGCUCGGCCGAACUGAAUGAGAAAAUCUCCGAGUGGCUCCAGUGGGAUAAGAAUGAAAACACCCUGAACGAAAUCAAAUCGCUGGUAAAGGGCGCCGAAUGGAGCGCGCUGGGCGAACGUCUCCAGAAGCGGCUGGCCUUCGGAACGGCGGGGCUGCGCGGGGUCAUGCAGGCCGGAUUCAACGCGAUGAACGACCUGGUGGUGAUUCAGUCGGCCCAGGGCCUCUGCCAGUACUUGGCCGAAUGCUACCCGGCGGAAGCGGACCGAAAGCGGGGCAUCGUGCUGGGAUUCGACGGGCGGUACAACAGCAAGAGAUUCGCCGAGCUGAGCGCGUGCAUCUUCCUGGCGCAGGGUUUCUCCGUGUGGCUGUACGGCCGGACCGUGGCCACCCCGUUCGUGCCGUUCGCGGUGCGGGAACUGCGCUGCCUGGCCGGCAUCAUGGUGACUGCGUCGCACAACCCCAAGGAGGACAACGGCUACAAGGUGUACUGGACCAACAGUGCGCAGAUUAUUUCGCCCCACGACAAAAACAUCCAGGCCAGCAUCCUGCAGCAUUUGGUCCCCCUUGAAUCCUCCUGGGACCUGUCCGCGCUGGCGAGCUCCUCCGUUCGGGACCCGUACGACGAGAUGACCAAGCUGUACUUCGAGCAACUUUCCGCCAACGUCCCGCGCAGCUUCGUGACGGACUACAAUCGCAAGAGUCCGCUCCGAUUCGUGUACACCGCAAUGCAUGGCGUCGGCUAUCCGUUCGUAGAGCGAGGCUUCGAAACCGUUGGCCUACAGCCGGUAGUGGCCGUCAAGGAGCAGCGCGAUCCGGACCCGGAGUUUCCCACGGUAAAGUUCCCCAACCCGGAGGAGGGCAAAUCCGCCCUGGUGUUGUCGAUGAGGUUGGCGAACGAGCUGGGCAGCGAUGUGAUUUUGGCCAACGACCCGGACGCGGACCGGUUGGCGUGUGCGGAAAAGGACGGAAGCACUAACGAGUGGCGCGUGUUCAGCGGGAACGAGUUGGGUGCGCUGCUGGGUUGGUGGUCGAUUCGAUGCUAUCGCGAGCAGUUCCCGGAUGCCAGUUUGAGCGAUUGCUAUCUGCUGGCCAGUACGGUCAGCUCCAAAAUGUGCCGAUCGAUAGCGAGCAUCGACGGGUUGAACUUUGUCGAAACGUUGACCGGAUUCAAGUGGAUGGGUAACAAAUCUGUCGAACUAAUGGAAAGUGGAAAAACCGUUCUGUUUGCAUUCGAAGAGGCUAUCGGGUUCAUGUGCUCCCCCACAGUCCUGGACAAGGACGGCGUCAGUGCGGCGUGCCAGCUGGCCACGAUGGCUUGCUAUCUGCGUGCGACAGCCGGCCAAACUCUCUCAGACAAACUCAGUGAACUGUACGAAAUCUACGGCUAUCACUACACCAUCACGUCGUACCACUUUUGUUACGAUCCAGUGGUGAUCGAGCGGAUCUUCAACCGAAUCCGAAACCUAGAGGGUGACCAGUACCCGAAAGCGAUCGGCGUCGGAGGAAAGUACGCCAUCGAGUCGAUUCGCGAUCUGACCACCGGGUACGAUUCGAGUCAACCCGACGGGAAGGCGAUUCUGCCGUCGAGCAAGAGUUCCCAGAUGAUUACGUUUUCGUUCGAGAACGGUGCGGUCAUUACGCUGCGGACCAGUGGGACGGAGCCGAAGAUAAAGUACUACGCCGAGAUGUGUGCCAAACCGGGACAGCGCGACUGGAACGCCUCCCGAGCCACCCUUCGCACCAUGGUGGACGCCAUCGUGGAGGAGCUGCUCGAACCGGCCAAAAACAAUCUGACGCCCCGCUCGGAGUAGAUACCCAUGCACAGAAAAGGAAGGAAGUCGUUCGGUCUAGAAAGCAAAAAAAAAACGAUAGCAGACACGGGUAACCACAUCACAUUCUCAGUUUUUUAGGUUUAUUUUGUCGCGCUUACUCGCUCUCUCAAUCUCUUUUCUUUGUUUUUACUUUAAUUUUUCUGAUGAUCCUGACUUUAUUUGCCGUACUCUCUGUGUCUGAAAGUCUAGUGUUCUACACUUGUUACUAGAUUUUUUUUUUGUUUUAUUUUGCCAUUUUGGAUAGUUCUAAACACACACUGCAUGCACUUACUUAUACAUACUGAAAGAUCUACGCCGUGGCGAUUCCUCUAAGUUAUCUACAAAAUUGAUCUACAAUUUAGAGCACAUUUGUAACAUUGCGGUUAAUGUUACUCUCAAGUACUAUUAUCAACUAACCCAGUGAGGGGCUACACACACUCAGAUUUUGGUUUUUAUUGAUUGUGAGUCUCGAAUGCGUUGUUUUGUGAAAGUCUAAGCAUCUAAGAUUGUAGCAAAAUGUGGGGGAACAUCUUCGUCUUCGGGGCACAGAUACUUUCUACCAAGCUAGUUCUCUACGCUAUUUACCAUCUAAACUAGACCAGUUACGCUCUAGUUGGCUUUCUAAUGUGUAUUGUGUGUACAAUAUAACCUUCUUUUUUUCUGAGAUCGACGGUUUAAAUGCGUUGCAAAUUGUCUAGGACACGUUACAUAAUAAUCGAUUGUUGUAAAAUAUCUUUCGUGACAAGUAUGCUAAUAAACGUAGAAAUAAACUAAUUUGUGCGAACAAAAGGAACUAAA